GCUAUAUCGACCUGUCCUUGACUAUCCUUCAUGUCUGCUGCUCAGAGGACUGCUAUAAUCACAGGGGCGGCCCAAGGUGUUGGCAAAGCGAUUGCACUACGCUUGUCCAUCGAUGGCUGUCAGGUUGUAGUCAGCGACUUGGCGGCUCAGAAGUCACUUCUCGAUCUCUUGGUCUCUGACAUAACCCGAACUGGUCACACUGCGAUUGCAGUUACGGCUGAUAUAUCGAUAGAGAAAGACAUGGAAGAUCUUGUUGCUGAAGCUGUGGCGCGUUUUGGGUCCCUCGAUAUAAUGGUUGCGAAUGACGGUGUCGCUGCGCAAAGUUCUCGCACUAUCCUGGAUAAUUCACAGCAUCUAUCGAGGAGUGGGGGACUCGUUUUCGGCCCCAAUAUCAAGAGCACGUUGAUAUGCUACAAAACGGCCGCGAAGGCCAUGAUCAAGCAAAACAGAGGAGGUAGAAUCAUCGGCACAUGCUCUCUACUCGAGAAACCAAACCGUAACACUCUUGGUACCAACAAGGUUGCCAUACGAGGCCUAACCCAGAUUGCUGCCUGUGAGUGGGCAAAAUAUGGUAUCACAGUCAAUGGAUACGCACCCGGUGUGACAGAUACACCUCUCCUUCUACAAAUGGAUGCUCGACUUGCAGAUUUACUACAUGCAGGUCCUGGAGCAUACGUCGAGAUAAUGAAAGCUCAAAUGUCUUUCGGAAGAGUCGCUCAACCUGAAGAGGUCGCUCGCGUUGUCUCAUUUUUGGCUUCAGAAGAGGCCGCCAUCGUAACAGGCAGGGCAGACUCUUAUAGUUGACACUCCGUUCCAAAUGUUAGCAAUAAUGAUUCGCUGACGACUCUACUCAGUCUGUGGCAAGCGUCUUCCAGAAGGUUUAAGGACUCCAACGAAUGCGAGCGAUGUAUAACUUUAUGCUUCAGUGUGCUGGAAGGCUGGGUCGGUCCCUCGGUAGUUCGAUCUCGGCGACGUAUACCAUUAUCUUGUGGUAAAUAAUAGUCGACACAAGUACUAUGUCGGUCUUCAGCUUCAGCUCUUAUUUGAUGGUGAAAAAGAUCGGCCUUAUUUCCCUACCCGAGACUUCGGUAUCGCGUCGCUGAGACUUUAUAUGGACUCCGGAGGACGUUAACAC